AUGCCAUGCUUCUAUCGCUGUGAGCACGACGUGACGCAGAGCGCCACCCGCGCCGUGUUGCAGUACGGGCCGCGGUACAAUUGGUCGCAGGCGAUACAGGGCCACGUCCUGGCGGCGUACUUCUACGGCGCGGUGGUGGGGCCCUUCCCCGGCGGCAUGCUGUCCGAGUUCCUGGGCGCUCGCCUCGUGGUGGGCGUGACGUCACUGGGCGCCGCCGUCUUCACCGCCCUCUGCCCCCUCGCGGCCGAGGCAGGCGUCGGCUGGCUCAUCGCCGCACGCGUGCUCACCGGCGUCCUGGGGGGGGCGCUGUAUCCAUCGCUGCAUGCCCUGGUGGCUCAGUGGUCUCCGCCACAAGAGAAGGGCAGGUUCGUCUGGACUCUGUUCGGAGGAACUUUCGGUUCAGUGGUGACGUGGCCCAUGUGCUCGGCCAUUAUCGAGGCUCUGGGGUGGAAGGCGUGCUUCUACAUCCUCGGCGGCAUCGUGGGCUUGUGGAGCAUUCUGUGGUUCGUGACGGUGUACGAUUCCCCCUCCAUACACCCGCGCAUUACACCUGACGAGCUGAACUACAUCACCACCAGUAUUGGCGACAGCGUCUCCAAGGAGAAGAGGAUGCUGCCAUUCUGGCCGGUGAUGACUUCCUGUCCAUUCAUGGCGCUGGUGGCACUGCACUUUGGUAACCUGGGAGGACUCUUCUUUCAGUUGACUGAAACCCCAAAGUACAUGUCUGAAGUUCUUGGUUUCGACCUCAAACAAUCGGGAGGUUUUGCAAGUCUGCCGCACCUGAUGAGGCUGCUGUUUGGAAUAGUCUUCAGCACUGUGGGCGACUGGCUUCUUGCCGAUCCACUCAGAAACAAGACCCUGGUCCGGAAGUUGUUCGUCAUUCCAUCACACCUCAUACCGGCUGUGCUAAUGGCUGCGCUAGGCUACGUGGGCACAAACGAGGCUUUCGCCGUGGCGCUCCUGAGUCUGUCGCUGGGUUUCAACGGAGCUGCCGCCGUCACCAAUCUCGCCAACCACCACGACCUCGCUCCCAACUUUGCAGGAUCUCUGUACGGUAUAAUGAACACAAUCGGUAGCUGCACUGGCUUCGUCUUCCCAGCCGUGGUUGGGUACAUCUUAGAACAAAGUAAUACCGUAAAGCAGUGGCGAAUCAUCUUCUUGAUUGGGUUUGGGCUGUACUUCGUGAGCGGCAUCGUGUUUAUCAUCUUUGGCUCCGCUAAGAUGCAGCCUUGGAACGUGAAGGAGGCACAGACAGCUUCUUGA